AUGGUGCGCGACGUUUUCGACGACAAGCAACUCGUUCGCCUUAUUGGUAGUCUUGGUGUUGGCCAUGUGCGUUACCCCACGGCUGGAUCGUCGUCCAUGUCUGAAGCACAACCUUUCUAUGUCAACGCACCUUAUGGUAUAACCUUUGCUCAUAACGGAAACUUGACCAAUGCGCGUGAACUUCGAGUCUUCUUGGACAAGAUUGCCCAUCGUCAUAUCAACACCGAUUCCGAUUCCGAACUCCUUCUGAACAUCUUGGCGAAUAAUCUGCAAAAGACCGGCAAGUUCAGAGUUAACGAGGAAGAUAUCUUCACUGCCAUCAAGGAUCUGUAUGAGCAGUGCCGUGGUGCCUAUGCAUGCGUUGCCAUGGUUGCUGGUUUCGGUAUCAUCGGUUUCCGUGAUCCUCACGGCAUUCGUCCUCUUGUCUUUGGCCGCCGCUCUACGCCCGAGGGUUACGAUUACAUGUUUGCUUCGGAAAGCGCUGCCUUGGAAGCUCUUGGAUUCACCGACUGCGAAGAUGUCAAGCCUGGUGAGGCCAUCAUUAUUACCCGCGAUAAUUUGAUCCGUCGUCAAUUGGUAUCCUGCAAGACUAUUUCUCCUUGUAUCUUCGAGUACGUCUACUUUGCUCGUCAGGACAGUAUCAUUGAUGGCAUCUCCGUCUACAAGGCCCGUUUGGCUAUGGGUGAGGCUCUUGCUAGACAGGUUGUUAAGAGCUUUGGUGAUGCCAUGGAUAUUGAUGUUGUGAUUCCCGUUCCCGAUACCAGCCGUGUCGCCGCUCUCCAAUGCUCGCAUACAUUGAAUAUAUUGUACCGUGAAGGUUUCAACAGAAACAGAUAUGUCGGAAGAACGUUUAUCAUGCCUGGCCAGCAGACUCGCCGCAAGAAUGUGCGCCGAAAGUUGAACGCCAUGGCUUUGGAGUUCCACGGCAAGAAUGUAUUGCUUGUUGAUGAUUCUAUCGUCAGAGGUACUACUUCCAAGGAGAUUAUCCAGAUGGCUCGCGAUGCCGGUGCCAAGAAGGUAUACUUUGCCUCUUGCUCUCCCGCAAUUCGAUACCCCAACGUCUACGGCAUUGAUAUGCCUAGUCGCCAAGAACUCGUUGCUCACGGCCGUAACGACGACGAGAUCGCUCAUGAAAUUGGUGCAGACAAGGUCAUCUAUCAAAACUUGGAUGAUCUCGUUGGAUCUGUCCGACAUUACAACCCUGCUAUCGAAAAGUUCGACACGUCCGUAUUCGACAGCUGCUAUGUCACUGGCGACGUUGACGAAGCAUAUAUGAACUACAUUGAAGGCGAGCGCAACGACGACAGCAUGACCACUCUUGCUGAUGACAACGACUGUGUCGGCUUACAUAACAAUUUCAUGAAAUAA